AUGGACGGCCACGGCCCGGGUAUCCUCCCCUGCGAGAAUGAGACCCAAUGCCAGGUGUCUCGGAAGAGCAAAGAGGGCAAGACCCUCACCUACAAAUUGCACAUUAUCCAACAGCCGCUUCAGGCCAGAGCGUGCGGCUCGGGGCAGAAGUCUUCCGCCGACCGCCGACCCGUCGACCCACCGCCCAUCGUCGAGAUGAGGAUCUUCGAGGGGGACACUGAAGCCGAGCAGAAAGACAUCACCUUCGCCAUGAACGGCAACUACCUGCUCUUCGCCCAGCUCGAGCAGGCCCGUAAGCUCGCCCCCGUUCGUGGCCAGCCAGACCACAAAGGCCCUCCCGUCCUCACCGGUACCCCCGUCGCCGGAAUGGUCUAUCUCGAGCGUCCCACCCGCGCGGGCUACUUCAUCUUUCCGGAUCUCUCCGUUCGUCAUGAGGGCAAAUACCGCAUCGUCUUUAGUCUGUUUGAGGAAGUCAAGGACGCCAAGGACGAGGACUGCAUUGCCGACCACGAGAAGCCCAUUGGCUGGCGCAACGGCUACAUCUCGCAUCGUGUGGAGAUCCGCUCGCAGCCCUUCAAUGUCUACAGUGCCAAGAAGUUCCCUGGUCUGGCCGAAAGCACGCCCUUGAGCCGUAUGGUCGCCGACCAAGGCUGUCGCGUUCGCAUCCGACGCGAUGUGCGCAUGCGUCGCCGCGACACCAAGCCCGGUAAGGACUGGGAUGGGUAUGAUGAUGAGGGUGGCAAGAUGCGC